GCAGCCCCCCCUGUGUUUUUUCCAGCAGACGAGUUCACCGAUGAGGAAGGACAGGGAGGGCCGGAGACAGGGGAGGCAGAAUCGGCGGGUCCGGGAGGGCAGGAGGUAGAGUCGGAGAGUCAGGAAGGGUUGGAUGAAGAGUUGGUUGAGCCGGGAGGGCAGGAGGUAGAAUCGGAGUCAUUUCCCCCUGCUACGCACGUACCAUCUGAUCGUCGUGUGCGGCAUGAGCUUGCUAGUUAAGACACUGCUGCGAAUGAGAAUGUUGGAGUCAGAGAAGGAAGAACUCGUGCGCAAACUCGGGCAGUAAAUCAGCAGAGCGUAACCGGCCUCAUCGUCACUCUAGGAGCCAUCUCCGCAUCAGAAAUAAUAGAGGCACUCUUAGUGGAACAGAGAGCAUCUGAUGCAAUGGAAUUGCCGAAGGUGCUCAUUCAGGACGUAGAGUCAGAACCGGGUAGCUAUAAAGAAGCCCGUCAGUCAAAAUACUCCUCGAUAUGGGACAAGACCACGUCUGCAGAGUUUGAAGGCUUGUUAAGAGCAGGAACGUUCGCGUUAGCAGUAAAGGUUCCAAUAGGCUGCAAGAUAGUGAAGGCCAAGGCUAGGCUUGUAGCGAAGGGCUUCAAGCAGAAGCAUGGUGUGGAUUAUCUUGAGACUUUCUCGCCUACUGCAAAUGCUGCAUCGAUUCGUUUGUUGGUAGCAUUGGCGUGCAAGUAUGAUUUGGAAUAUCUCCACUUUGACAUUGAGCAAGCAUUUGUUCAGUCGGAAUUGGAUCACGAGGUGUUCAUGAAGUUGCCUCCUGGCUGCGAGUCGAUGGCAGGAAAGGUAGUCCGUUUAGACAAAAUUUUGUAUGGACUGAGACAGGCAUCUAGAACAAUUCACUGGAGACUUGUGUCGGACCUGAAGAGGAUUGGUUUCAAACAGUCUCUGUCAGACCCCUGUGUUCUUCGUCUCAUGAUGGGAGACGAGGUGUUGGGAAUGAUUGCCAUUCAUGUGGAUGACAUCCUGUAUGCAGGAAUGGAGUGA